UCUGCUAAGCUCAUCAGAAACGGUGUUUUUUGCACCGAAAGAAUAAGGUGACCAUGGAAAAAAAAAUCUGAAAGGGAAAAUAAAUGUAAAUGAGGCAGGGCAUAUAAUGCCUGUUUGCACAUGAAAUUCCCUUCCUGAUUAGAUUAAAAAGGCAAUUUUUUACAGAGCCUGCAACUAAGGAGGGGAGGGAGUAAGCGACAAGAAGGAGCAUGAGCAUUUUAGCAGGGGCAGCAGUGUAAGGUCUGGCACCUCCUGCAGGAGCCAGGCACAGCCUGCUCGCUUUCGCAGCCGCCGCACAUGACAGGCGCCUGAAGUCAACUCAAAGUCACCCGAGGAGACACAGAGGAGCGCUGCGGCUGCUCGGCCGCGUCCUCCCCGCACCUGCUGCUCCCGCAGACAGCGGCACGGCCCCGGGGCCGGCGGGCGAGCAUCCCCCGCCGCAAGCACCGAUUCCUCCCUGCUCCCGGGAUCCUGCCAGCGAGGAUGCGCCGCUGCCGCAUCUGACGCGCCUCUCCCGGGAGAGCUCCUGCUACUUGGAAGGCAAUAAAACAAGCGAGAAGCCCACGAGAGCAUCACACGAGGAGCUGGCUGUAUAAAAGGACUUUUGAGAGCARUCUGGUGGGGACGAAGAGCCUUUCGGGCGAAGAGACUGUUGUUUUUGCUUCUCAGUUGCAGAAAGAAAGCGUGCCAGCGAGGAGUGUUGUAUCCUGGAGGAUUCUUCCGUGGCCUUUUUGGUAUUGUUCUUCUCUUUCCCCUUGCACACCRCACGGUGCUGAGCUUUUGCUGUGGAAUUAGAGUCUCUGCCACUCAGCCUCCUGUUCCAGCUGGGAGGAAGAGGUCUUUCUCCCCCUCCAUCUGURCAGGCACUUCUGUUUGAAUGGAAGAUACAUCUUUUUUUCUGAAACUCUUUUGUUGUGACAUUGCAUAAUAGGCAGUUGUCUCACCGCAGGAAAUAAAAGAAACGAAAGGAAAUUGAUGGAARGAAAUUGUUCCCCAAAGCAAAACUGAAGCAGGGAAGAGAACAUCAGAGUAAUUUCAAGCCCUACCCAAGAUCUAGAAGACACAAAUCUCCUAUCUCCAGAGGAAAAUACACUGUUACAGAAACUCCUCAGCAGUCAGUAACGAUGAGCAGUUGUGUUUCGUCUGGAUGCUGCUGGUGAAGGAGAGCUUUGGAGGGACGUGGUGGCUCUGGCCUGUAUGAUGCCUGAAGACAGAAAUGCUGGAGUGCGCAGCCCAGGUGCCUUAGCAGCAGCUCCCUUCAUUCCUAAAACUACUUAUAGGAGAAUUAAGCGGUGUUUUAGUUUCCGCAAAGGUAUUUUUGGGCAGAAGCUGGAAGACACUGUCCGGUACGAGAAGCGCUAUGGGAACCGYCUGGCUCCCAUGCUGGUGGAGCAGUGCGUGGAUUUUAUCCGACAGCGGGGGCUGAAGGAAGAAGGCCUUUUCCGACUGCCUGGGCAGGCCAAUCUGGUCAAGGAGCUGCAGGAUGCAUUUGACUGUGGAGAGAAGCCUUCUUUUGACAGCAAUACAGAUGUGCACACKGUGGCUUCACUGCUUAAGCUGUACCUCAGGGAACUCCCAGAACCAGUCGUACCAUACGCAAAAUACGAAGAUUUUCUUUCCUGUGCCAAAAUGCUCAGCAAGGAGGAAGAAACGGGCCUGAAAGAACUGGUGAAGCAAGUGAAGAGCCUGCCAGCUGUCAAUUACAAUCUGCUGAAGUACAUCUGUAGAUUCCUUGAUGAAGUCCAGUCGUAUUCAGGCGUAAACAAAAUGAGUGUGCAAAACCUGGCUACGGUUUUUGGCCCCAACAUCCURCGCCCCAAAGUGGAAGAUCCUCUGACUAUCAUGGAGGGUACAGUAGUAGUCCAGCAGCUCAUGUCAGUGAUGAUCAGCAAACAUGAAGAGCUCUUUCCCAAGGAUGCAGACCCUCAGAUGGGACCUGAGGUGUGCAACAACAACAACGAAAUUCCAAAGAAAACCACUGCAGGGCAGCUGCAGAACAAAGAGAACAACAAUACCAAGGAGUCGGCAGUGAGGCGCUGCUCUUGGGACAYGCCCGAAUCUCCCCAAAGAGGAAGCAUGGACUGUGAAUCUCCRUCUGCUCUGCCAGGCAGCAAGACAAGCAGCCCCAGGAACAGCAUUCAAAAACCAGAUGUCACCAGGAGCCCGCCACUCAUGGUGAAAAAAAAUCCUGCGUUUAAUAAAGGUAGCGGCAUAGUCACCAACGGGUCCUUCAGCAGCUCYGUGGAGGGCCCGGAGAAGAGCCAGACCGUUCCAAACUGCUCCCUGCAGACCCGGAGAACGUCGUCCCUCAAGGGGCCAGUGACCAAGAUGGGGACACACAGCAUGCAGAACGGAGGGGUGCGGAUGGGCGUUUCCAGCACGGAUGGGCACAGCAACACCGUCGGCAGCCGGAGCCCGGGCUGGGUGCCCAAUGGCUUCGUCACUCUGAGGGACAACAAGCAGAAGGAGCCCUCGGUGGGUGAGUCAGGCCAGCACAACAGGCUUUCCACCUACGACAAUGUCCACCAGCAGUUCUCUAUGGUGAACUCUGAUGACAAACAGAGCGUGGACAGUGCUACCUGGUCAACAUCCUCGUGUGAAAUAUCCCUCCCGGAGCACUCCAACUCCUGUCGCUCAUCCACCACCACCUGCCCUGAGCAGGACUUUUAUGCGGGUAACUUUGAAGACUCUGUGCUGGAUGGGCCRCCACACGAAGACCUCUCUAACCCGGGUGACUAUGAGAACAAAAGUGACAGGAGGAGUGUGGGGGGCCACAGCAGCCGAGCCACCAGCAGCAGUGAUAACAGUGAAACGUUUGUGCCCAACAGUACCAACAAUCAUAGUGCUUUGCACAGCCUGGUGUCCAGCUUGAAGCAAGAGAUGGCCAAGCAAAAACUAGAAUAUGAGACAAGGAUAAAAAGCUUGGAGCAGAGAAAUCUCAGCCUGGAGACGGAAAUGAUGGCCCUGCAUGAAGAGCUGGAUCAAGAGCGGAAGAAGUUCACAAUGGUGGAAAUCAAAAUGCGCAACGCGGAGCGGGCGAAGGAGGAUGCGGAGAAGAGGAAUGAUAUGCUGCAGAAGGAAAUGGAGCAGUUUUUCUCUACUUUUGGAGAAUUGACAGUGGAGUCUCGCAGACCAGAAAGAGGCAACACCAUCUGGAUCCAGUGAGCUUUGGAARCAUAGACUGUGGGACUUGAGGAAGGGCUUGGGGGUAUUAUACUGUAUCAGGUGGCUGGUCACCUGUUUGAGGCUAGUACUCAACAAAAUGUUCUAAACCCUUGAAGGAAGAAAUCAUACAUACAUUAAGCACUCAUAUCUACAGUGUGUACUUACCAAGUUAUACUCUUUGAAUGCUUCAUGAGACUACUGUCAAAGUGUUACAACUGGAUAUGUGUAUAUAAAUUUAAGAACCACCUUAGAGCAAGAGAUGUAUCUGAAGAAAUAUUUUAAUGCAAGUCUUGUAUUUAAACUGGUAAAUUGAAAUGUUGUUGCAAUCAAGCUUUAUAUAAAGGCUUUUCUCCCUUGCACUUAACAUAAUAAGCUAUUUUUGGCAUUGUGUUACCAUCAGCUURUUUUGUAUAUCAAAUGUUUUUUUUCUGUUUUUGUUUUGUUACCCCUUYUGCUGGGGAGUGAAGAUAAACAGAUAUGUUACGGUAAAUGUGUGAAUGGUUCGCCCUGAUUUGCGUCGCUUCUAAACAGACAGCAGGACGAGAAACUGAAUUGUGCAAUGGGCAAAAAAAGCAGUAGUGAUUUUACAGAGCUGAUGGCCAGGGGAGAAAGUUCCAGGACACCCCAUUGUAAAACAAGAAGUGAGGACAUGGAGUCAGGCUAGACCGGGGACAGUGACAGAAGGGUAAACAGCUGCUUGUUUGGAAACAAACGUGGGUAACCGAGUAAAAAUUUGAGAGAGGGGGACAAGGGGACUUAAGGAGAAGUUAAUCACAUGACCAGAGCUUUUUGGUGUAUCCUGAAGCAGCCCUGUGACUGAUCACUGCAGUUCAGAGCAGGGAUMUAAACCAGUUAUUCAGACCCUAUUUGCAUCUGACUUACCUCUGCACUCUGGGUGAAAAUGAGCCCUUUUUGUAAUGCUGGGGAAGGGACGACACACAGAGAGGUUUAACUGGAC